AGCCGGCCUCCGGAGCCCGGGAGGCUGUGGAGCCGUUGUCUCGUCCAGCCGGCGAGGGAGGUGCGGCUGGCUGCCCGCAGCCCCCGGCUCCAGGCUCCUCCUCCUGCUGGUCCAGCCUCUACCUCCCCCCCUCGCGGUGCAUUUUCCCCUGGCGUGGCUCUGAAAAUCCAAGGCUUCCCCCAGCAGCCUGGGAGCAGCAGCGGACGCAGCAAAGGACACGGGAGGAGCGCAGCCCGCCCCUUAGCCGCGCCAAGCCUUCGGGCAGCAGCAGAUGCUUUGCUAGAGCAGCCCUGGAGGCGCCCUGCAACAUUAAGAGAGGAGAGAAGCCACGGGCUGAAACUGGGCAAGGGGGAGGAAAGCGCACGCUUGUGUGUGCCAGAGUGUGGAGGACCACAGUCUGGAAUUAGGGCGGAGGAGAGGGCAAAGGAACCGGGGUGCGGCCCCUUCGGCACUCCCCUCUGUGCCUCCUCCGGUCCCCCGAGCUUCUCCUGCCGCGGCGCCAGCUUUUUAGCGCCCCUCGCCAUGGACUUGCGGGGAGUUGAGAUGCGCCUCGGCAGCAGCGCGCGGGUGGCUGCCCGGCCUGGGGGGUACGCGGGCGCGCGCACCGUGAUGGCGAGGUAGGAUGGCCGCCCAGCGCAACCCUCGUCGCCCCAACCCAGCGGCCCCUGGGCGGUGCCGCUGACUCGCCGGAGCGCACGGGGGUGUGGGCGGAGGUGGCCCCGCCGCGCCCGCGCCUUUGGGUGUCGCUUUGCCUCUUCCACCCACUUGCACCUGCCACCCCACGGAUAACAUGUCGAAGGCGGCCGGAAGCGGAGCGGCGGCAGCGGAAAGUUGUCCCCCAGCCUCUGCUGGUGCGUCCGCGGCCGUGGAGGACCUGUCCAAAGUGUCGGACGAGGAGCUGCUGCAGUGGAGCAAGGAGGAGCUGAUCCGUAGCCUGCGGCGCGCCGAGGCCGAGAAGGUGAGCGCGAUGCUGGACCACAGCAACCUCAUCCGCGAGGUGAACCGCCGCCUGCAGCUACACCUCGGCGAGAUCCGUGGGCUCAAGGAUAUCAACCAGAAACUCCAGGAGGACAACCAAGAGCUGAGGGACCUGUGCUGUUUCCUGGAUGACGACCGGCAGAAAGGCAAGAGGGUGUCCCGGGAGUGGCAGAGACUGGGCCGCUUCACCGCAGGGGUAAUGCACAAAGAAGUGGCCUUGUACCUGCAGAAGCUGAAGGAGCUGGAGGUGAAGCAGGAGGAGGUAGUGAAGGAGAACAUGGAGCUCAAGGAGCUGUGCGUGCUGCUGGACGAGGAGAAGGGCGCGGGCUGCGCGGGCAGCCGCUGCUCCAUCGACAGCCAGGCCAGUCUGUGCCAGCUCACCGCCUCCUCCGCACCCUGCGUGCGCGACGUGGGCGACGGUAGCAGCACCUCCAGCACGGGCAGCACCGACAGCCCUGACCACCACAAGCACCACGCGAGCAGUGGCAGCCCUGAGCACCUGCAGAAGCCACGGGCCGAGGGCAGCCCUGAGCAUGCCAAGCACAGGAGCACUAGCCCAGAGCAUCUACAGAAACCCAGGGCCUCCGGGACCCCUGACCACCCCAAAGCACUCAAAGGACCCAGCCCUGAGCACCACAAACCCAUGUGCAAGGGCAGCCCUGAACAGCAAAGGCACCCGCACCCAGGGAGCAGCCCUGAAACGCUGCCCAAGCACGUGCUGAGCGGGAGCCCAGAGCACUUCCAGAAGCACAGACCUGGGGGCAGCCCCGAGCAUGCCAGGCACAGUGGAGGGAGCCCUGAGCAUCUUCAGAAACACGCCCUCAGUGGAAGCCUGGAGCAUCUACCCAGAGCCAGGGGCACCAGCCCUGAGCACCUCAAACAGCAUUAUGGGGGCAGCCCAGAUCACAAACACGUGGGCGGAGGCGGUGGAGGCGGCGGAGGCAGCGGAGGAGGCAGCAGGGAGGGUACCUUGCGGAGGCAGGCACAGGAGGAAGCGUCACCCCAUCACCGGAAUGUCUACAGUGGCAUGAACGAAUCAACCUUGUCCUAUGUUAGGCAGCUGGAGGCAAGAGUAAGACAGCUGGAGGAGGAGAAUCGCAUGCUGCCCCAGGGUUCUUUUAGGUUGUCAUCAGGGGCUGAUGGGAAUAACAGUUCCCCCAACUCUCCAGCUAGCUUCAGUGGACAUACCACACCUUCUCAGCAGCCUGAACCCGUGGUACAUUCUCUUAAGGUUGUGUGGAGGAAACUUGGAGAUGCUGCAGGUUCGUGUCCUGGAAUUAGGCAGCAUUUGUCUGGAAACCAGUACAAAGGACCAAUGUGAGAAACACUCUUUUCAAACGUGAGAUCACCACUGCCAGAAUGAGAGAAAAUACGGAGAGAGUGGAUUUACACAAACCUGAACUCAUGGAGUGAUUGUACAUUGCACAUAUUUCCCCUCUAAAAACCUUUAGUGUAACUAAAGCUGUAUUUUAUGUCUCUCGCUUUGAUGUCUACAGCAGUCAAUUUCAAACAAGGUAACUUUGAAAAAUCACCAUUUUGGUACCAAUAUUUUCAUGAGAACUGAAACGUUUUUGACUCCUGAGAUCUAAGAUUGUAACUGGGAAACACGCAUGAUUGGAAGAGGCAAUAGAACCGCCAUGGGUUUGAUUGAGUUGAUGUGUUACAUUUAAUGGUGAGAGUUUUCUACAACAGUGUAUUGAAGAAGAAGUAUCUUCCAGCUUCCCAAGUUUGAGAGUUAAGUACCUAUUUCUUAUAUUUAGUCAAGAAAAUACUAGUUCCUGAUGCAUAAUUUAGAUGCAAGGUAAGAUUAGGUUUCUGGGAAUUUUUUUAAAAUUUUAUGUUUUAGUUUUAAGGUGCUAAAUUACCAUGUAAAUUCUCCUUAUCAGCUGUGGUAGCAAGACUUUGUAGAGUGCUUAUCAGAGAGUACCUUUCAUUUUAGAUGAUCAAAAUAAAUGUUUUUUUUUCUUUUAAUCUUGAUGUAUUUUUCAUCAAGACACAUCUUGGGGACAUGUCAACCUCCAUAUUCACUCAUGUGAAUACCAACGAUCUCAAUUAAAGAACAAGCAAACAUACUUUUUCUAAGUGUUUUCAGCUGUGAGACGUCAAUUUCUACAAUUUAGUUUCUAGACAUGUUAUUAUAUUUAAUAAACUUCAUGUAAACUUUAAAGUAUUGCACUGCAUUUAUGAAAAGCUUUCUUUGACUACAGCAGCUAUCUGAUGUUUAUGAAACUGACGCAUGCCCUUCAUUAUUGAGGCUAAAAGCUUUGUUCAGAUUGCUUGAGGUCUGAAAAAGAGGUGUGCUGGCUUUGCUUAGUUUAUUUCUUAUUUUCGGUAUAUAUAAUACUAGGCUGUGUGUACUGGAAAUGCUAUGAUAGGUAUUUUGUGUUUAUUCAAAUGCAGUGAUAGUUUUCUGUAUGAAUGUGCAAGAGGCCUGUGACAGAAUGCUGUUUUUACUGUAGUUUAAGUUGUAAAUGUAGGAAUGCAACAAUUCCCAGUUUUCAGAUAUUACUCAUAUUUGCUUCAUAGCGAAUGAAGCAAAUAGGACUCUGUCUUUAAAUGGACUCAUUACACAGUUUAUUAAUUGUCACUGGUGAGAGAAUUUUGUUGUAGUUUUUAAAAUGUUAUUGUGAUGAAAAACCAGCCUUCUGCUUUCAGAAAAUACUGAGUUAAUUUACUAUAGAAUAAUCUUAUUAUCAUAAUUGGGUUACCAGCUAAGCCUAUCUUUCUUUUAUUUUUUAAAAAUAUUGCUAUUCUGUAAAAGAAAAUUGCUUGCUAUAUUUACACUUUCUCUUGUUAGAAAUCUUUCAUCCUUAAAUUGUUGUAUUCCUACACAUCAGAGACAUUUAAAAUAAGUUUUUGUGCCUGCAGAAGCUAAUACAAGGAACACUGGUCUUUUGACAAAAUACUUGUGUAAAUUUUGAUACUGUAUUAAAACUAUUUUUUUAAAGUUCUGCAUAAAAUUGAGUAUCAAGUAUAUGUGUUCAUCUUAGCACUGGUAAUAAAUUAUUUAAUCUCACAGUAGUUUUUUUUCCUUCAAAUGUUUUUCCUAAAUAAGUUUUCUAAUAGUCACUAAAUACUAUAAUGCUCCUAUAUGAUGAUAGUAAUAGAGAUGACUUAUCAUCUUAAAUAUAAAGGCACUGGUUGAUGUGGCUCAGUGCAUGGAGGGCCAGCCUGCAAACCCAGUGGUCAUCAGUUUGAUUCCCAGUCAGGGCACAUGUCUGGGAUGCAGGCA